UCAAAAAAGUAGGUAAAUUAUCUGAAACUGAAAAUAUAUUUCUAACUAAAGAAAUGGUGCAGAAGUCUGUGAGCCGUGUUAUGUUAAAAAAUAGAGUCAUGCCAAGUAUCGAUAACAAUAAUGCAAUUAAAUAGCGAUUUUAGUGCGUGAUUCCGAUCGCGGCACCAAUCGAAAUAUGUCAAAAGAACCGCAGCUGUUCAUAUCAGUUCCUCGAUCGUGCCUUACCGAGUUUUAUAGUAAAUACCUUAAUUUGGUGGAAACUUUUUACUAUGUUACGCUUUCGGAAAAUAAAAGUGGGGACACGAGUGAAAAGCCAGAGUUCGUGUACUUUAAUGUUAUAUUUAAUUUGAAUCCAGCCGACAGUAAUAUAAAUCCUCGCGAACUUGUCGACCGGAUACAGAAAUAUGUGGAGUCGUCGUUAGGAUGGGCCGGUGAACGCGGCGAGGAUUCGAGCUACGACUCGGAGUGCGACGAUGACGGCGGCCACCGCGCCGCCUCGCGCACUCCCUCCGACACUCUCGCGGCGGAGUUCGCAGAGUACGUCACUCUCGCACCGCCACCGCCACAGCCGAACCAGGCUAAAAUCGAGUUCGCGGUGAAACUGGGUUACUCUGAACGGCAAGCCAGGACCGCUCUGCAGCGCCUGGGCCCUGAUCCUCCUCGGAAUGAGUUGUUGGCUGAGCUCAUCAACCUCGCUGCGAAGAGGCCUCCGCGCUUGCCUUCCCCGCCGCCGCCCGCCGAGCCCGAGCUCAUGCCCGAGCGCGCGCCGCUCAGGCACAUCGUCAUAGAUGGCAGCAAUGUUGCUAUGAGUCACGGAAAUAAGGAGGUGUUCUCAUGCAGAGGUAUCGAAAUAUGUGUGGACUGGUUUCGAGCACGAGGUCAUAAAGAAAUUACGGUGUUUGUACCGAAAUGGCGAAAAGAAGCUUCCCGACCCGAUAACCCAGUAGCCGAUCGAGACGCCCUGGAACGUCUCGAACGAAAUCGCGUACUCGUCUACACCCCCAGUCGCCUCUUAGGCGGAAAACGACUUAUUUGCUACGAUGAUAGAUACAUCUUACGACUCGCGGCCGAAACGGACGGAAUAGUCGUUUCGAACGAUAACUAUAGGGACCUCGCCGCAGAGAGCCCUGAAUUCCGUAAGGUCGUCGAGGAGCGACUGCUAAUGUUUUCGUUUGUUAACGACAGAUUUAUGCCACCCGAUGACCCUCUAGGGCGAUCGGGUCCCACGUUGGACGCUUUUCUCCGAGCGCCCCCCUCCCGCUGCGAUCCACCCCCCGCGUGCCCCUACGGCCGCAAGUGCACGUACGGAAAUAAAUGCAAAUACCACCACCCCGAACGAGCGGGGCGACCGCACAAAUCGGUUGCAGAGAAACUAUCGGAACGGGCAGCACGCAAAGCGCGCGAUUUGCACACGUUGAGUCUUCCUCCGAGCGGCAGGCCCGCCGAUAACAAGAAACCGCUGGCCCGAGCCCAUUCUGCAACGCCGCGAUUGGCUGACGCUAGUCUCGUCACGCAUUUCGACCGUGCUCAAAUCCCGGGACCUUCGCAGCCUCUGCCAGAUCCAAAUCCACACCGAAAGCUUGAGCGACAACUCACACUAAACCCGAACUGUGACCCGAGACUUCACGCCUCCGCCGCGCGCGUGUCGUCAGCCCCGGUCGGCGCAGCGGGCGCUAUCGCUCCACAGAUGGCGGGAAUGUCUCUUUCACCUUGCGCUUCCGAAGGGGCUCUUCAGCAUUGGGAAGCGAGGCGACGGAUGCACUUCCACCUCGCGGGAAUUUUCCCUGAAGCACAAGUUGCGGAGGCGAUGGCCACUUACCCGGACGAAACGGACCCUCAAAAAAUGUGCGCGAUUCUUCUAGACCGGUACAGACCCAGCGAGGCCACCUUGCCGCGGCCGACGCAUUGAUUUCCUACGUCAAAAGAUUUUGGAUCGACGAAGAAAGAUUGUGACUGACAAUCUAAUUUCUCUUUUGUAAAUAAAUUGUUGAUCUUUGAAUUAUUCCCAAUUUCCUUUCGGAAAUUGCUGUUUUACAUUCAUUGGAUCAAUGCAUUGUGAGGUGAUGAAUGACAUUUGUAUGAUGUAUCUAAGCGUUCAUCGGAAUGAGUAAGCAUUUGCACUCGCAUGAGAUUGAUAUUUAACCAUUUUAUCUCUUGUAUUCAUAUCUAGUACAUAUUUUCAAAACUUUAAAAAGUCUAAUUGUAGAUAAGGCCCAUCGUCUUUAACUUCGCACAACUGUAAUAAAUUUUGCUAUAAUAUUAGCUGCAUGAGAUACAAUAGAAGUAAUUUUUUUCCUCCCUUCUAUUUCCAGAUUUUGUGAAUACACUUGCAUCCACGUAGUGCCAACUGUUUGUUAAAAAUAUCGAUCUACCGCCAGUAAAGGCAUUUAACUUUGUACAUUCAAAUUUAUUAUUCAUGACGUACGCUUCUGAGAAGUGUGCGUCUUAUUUAAUUAUUAUUUAAGUUUAGAUGUAAGGAUGUACAAAUACAACUUUAAAUUUUCCCAAACAACCAAUUAAUUUACGACAUGUUAACUACUUUAUAUAUAUUUAAGGGACAUUCACAUUUUUUAACAAAAUACCUAAGUCAAUCAGCUGUAUUUUGUAUGUAAAGAAUAGCGAAAAGAUAUAAUUAAGUAGAUUAUACAAUCUAAUACAACUUUUGUUCUAAUAAUCCAAUCGUACAGUUUUAGAAAACUCAGUGUUAUAUGGCAUUAGAUGUGCUGCCACAGCUUCCACUUUACGAUAUAUUCCUUCUAAUAUUCAUUGAGCUAGUUCUUUGUAAAUUACUUCACUAAAUCAUAAUUAAAAAAUUAUUGGAUAGUGUAAUAUUUAGUUUUGAAUGUGUUCAGUAUCCAUGCGUGAUAACUAAUGAGGAAUAGUAUUGUGAUAAAUCAUCUCUUAAAUAUCAUGUCAUUCACAUACUUUACUAUGCCUACCCAGUAACUACACAAAUAAAUAUAUAACCCCAUUUGUAAAAAAAAAAAUACAUAUUUUCAGCUAUAUAUAUAUAAUAGGUAGCUUUUCAUGUAUUGCAAGGUAAUGUUAACUUUUGUGAUGGUAUAAAUUAUAUUUGGUACUAUGUAUCAAGUAAAAAGUUAUGUAUCUGAUAGUUUAUUAGUGGUUAUAGUUUUAUGUAGAUUUUAAGUGGACAAUAUAUUUUAUAUUAUUAGUCCUUUAUAACAAGACAAUAAUCACAGUUUAUCUGUGAUUAAAUUAUAGGCAACAUCAAAAAUGGACUUUGUAGAAUGCAUUAUAAAAAACAUUACUAAUAUGGUCAUUCUGUAAAGUGCAUUUAGAUGCCCUGGAGGCCAGACAUAUUUUGAAACACUAGAUAUACUAUGAUGUAGUUAAUAUAUUAUUAUAUUGUACACCA